AGAGUGUUUUCUUCAGGGUAUUAAGCUGAGAAUACAGAGGAGGAGAGGCUCAGACCUUUACCUCACUGCCUCAUUCUCCCUUCCAUGUGAACGUUCUGCAACGUUUCCUUCAUCCUGCCGCACCUCUCACCUGGCCAGCGCUGUCCGGACCAUGUCCGCUAAGCUCCUGCCGGUUUUCUUCCUCCUCUCAGUGUUCCACGCUUGUUCUAGAAAGGUCGAAGACGAUGAAUAUGAAGAUGGAACAACUAACCAAAACUGGGUUUUAGCUCCAAAAACCCAAGAUACAGAUGUGACUCUCAUACUAAACAAGCUGUUGAGAGAGUAUGACAAAAAGCUGCGGCCAGAUAUUGGAAUAAAACCGACAGUUAUUGAUGUUGACAUUUAUGUUAACAGCAUUGGUCCUGUAUCAUCAAUAAAUAUGGAGUAUCAAAUUGAUAUAUUUUUUGCCCAGACGUGGACAGACAGCCGUCUUCGUUUCAACAGCACCAUGAAGAUACUGACUCUGAACAGCAACAUGGUUGGCUUGAUCUGGAUCCCAGACACGAUAUUUCGUAACUCAAAGACAGCAGAGGCCCACUGGAUCACCACCCCCAACCAGCUCCUCCGCAUUUGGAAUGAUGGCAAGAUCUUGUACACCCUCAGGCUUACCAUCAAUGCUGAGUGCCAGCUGCAGCUGCACAACUUCCCCAUGGAUGAACACUCCUGUCCUCUGAUAUUCUCCAGCUAUGGCUAUCCUAAAGAGGAAAUGAUUUACAGAUGGAGGAAAAAUUCAGUGGAAGCUGCUGACCAGAAAUCUUGGAGGCUCUAUCAGUUUGACUUUAUGGGUCUCAGAAAUACUUCAGAAAUUGUGAAAACUUCUGCAGGUGAUUAUGUAGUCAUGACUAUAUACUUCGACUUAAGUAGAAGAAUGGGAUACUUCACUAUACAAACAUACAUUCCCUGUAUAUUAACAGUUGUUCUUUCCUGGGUAUCCUUUUGGAUCAAAAAAGAUGCCACACCAGCAAGAACAGCAUUAGGCAUCACCACAGUAUUGACCAUGACAACUUUGAGUACCAUUGCAAGAAAGUCAUUGCCCCGUGUCUCCUAUGUCACCGCCAUGGAUUUGUUUGUGACUGUAUGCUUUUUAUUUGUAUUUGCUGCUCUGAUGGAGUAUGCCACCCUCAACUACUACUCAAGUUGCAGGAAACCAAACUGUACUAAGAAGAAAAAGUCGCUACCUGAUGUAAGUUUUGGUCAUGUAAUGAAUUAUUCUGUACUUGAUAUGAGACCACCAACUACAGUCAUCACAUUGAACAAUACCAUGUAUUGGCAAGAUUUUGAAGAUGCGUGUGUCUAUGAAUGUCUGGAUGGGAAAGACUGUCAGAGCUUUUUCUGUUGUUAUGAAGAGUGUAAAUCAGGCUCAUGGAGGAGAGGACGGAUUCACAUAGACAUCUUAGAACUGGACUCUUACUCUAGGGUCUUUUUUCCUACAUCCUUCCUGCUGUUUAACCUGGUCUACUGGGUUGGAUACCUCUAUCUCUAAAUGUUGCCUGUAGCAGUGAAGACUGCUGUGUUUUCUCACUGCGGACGGAUGCUGAAAGUGCAGAAAAAGUGAAGGACACAGUCAGUUUCAUCUCCAAUUAAAAAGACCACAUUAACUUUUACCAUCGCAGAGCCUGAUGAAGAAUUUUAACAUGUAAUUUCUUGAAAAAGAAAAACAUGGAAGAGUUCUCUCCUAACUGCUAUUUGUUUUAAGAAAAAGGUUCUUACAAAGUUCAGCUGAAUUUGUAGUGUAAGCGAUGUUUAUGAAUAAUUCUUGUAUAUUAAAAUCUCUACUAUUGUCCCUUACCAUAGAAGCUAUUCACAAUUCAGGCAAAGUUUAAAUAUGUAAUUUUUAUUUUUCAUUCUCAUACUUUCUUCAAAAUGCUGCCAUAUCCCUAAGGCUCAGAGAAAUGUACACUGGCACUAGCAAAUAAGCCAAAGCUGAUGAAAAUGCUCUUUUGUAUUUAAAUUUGCUUGAUACCACAGGUUUUGGGAAACUGACUAUCUCCUUGGAAUAACCACCAAGAGACACUAAGAAAUGUCUGGUAGGAUCAAAAUGUGGACAUGACUUUCUGCAGAGGUCUGAGAUUCAUUGAAUUAGCCACUUACCCACACAUAUUGGUUUUAACUUAGAGGGGAAAAGGCAGACAGAGAAGAAAGCACUAAUUUGGAUAUAAAUAAGACUUGCCUAUCUGUGAGGCAGCUGUAGGCAUAACUUCUACAGUUUUUCAAGCUUUUAACUGUGUUUUCUACGACUCAUUAAACACAGGAUGGUCAUUGAUUUCUAAAGUACUAUACUUGAAGCAGGACAAGAUUCCUCUUGUUGGUGUCAUUGUAGCAGUUCACAGUGCAUAGCCCAUGAGUAAAAAAUUAUAAUAGCACCAGGAAUAUGUGACUUUCUUCAGAUUUCAAUCUGCUAAAAAAGUGUUUUCAUGCAUUCUUAUUUUUUCUCUCAAAGUUGUAUUAUAAAAUUGAAAAACAUGUGUGCCAAAGGCCUUUUUUUUUUCUUUUCAUAACAUUAAACACUGCAAUAUUUACUCACA